AUGUCGUCGGAAAUUCCAACUAUCACCACGCCCAAGCCGUUUCAAAUCGUCUACAGCGACGAUGAGGUGAAAGACCUUCGUAAUCGCCUGCGCAACACCCGGUUUCCUGCUGCGCCUUACCUCCCCGAAGAUGCGCGUAAGCCAAUGAAAUUGAUCUACAAGCCGGACCUGCCUCUGGUCAAGCAGCUGAUCGGCAAGUGGGCCGACUAUGACUUCGCGGCUUUCCAAAAGCGUCUCAACAGCUUCCCACACUUUACCACCUCGGUCGACUGGUGCACACAGCUGCACUUUGUACACAAACGUUCGAAACGCGAAGAUGCGAUCCCGCUCAUGCUCAUCCACGGAUGGCCCGGAAGUUGGUUCGAGUUUGCCCAUGUGAUUGAUGAGCUUGCCAAUCCCGCCGAGAAGGAAGCUCCUGCCUUCCAUGUCGUUGUGCCCUCGCUGCCUGGAUUUAUGGACUCGACUCCUCCGCCUUCCAACAAGCCUGGUGUUGGUGAUGUUCGAGGGUACACGCGCAUCCUUGAUGCUCUCAUGCGUGGCCUUGGGUAUGACAAGUAUGCUUCGCAAGGUGGUGAUUGGGGCAGCCCUCACGCUCGAGCUCUGGGAGCCUUCCACUCUCACAAGGACGGUACCGGUUGUCGUGCGGUCCAUCUCAACUUUUGUCCCGUCGCCGCCAAAGGACUCAGCAAGUUCAUGCUCAGCUCUUUGCCUUACAAAGUGACACUGGGCGUUGCAAAACUAAUCUACGGACAGGAAUACCUAAUGAUGGCUGCAAAAGGAAUCUACUUUGAACAAAAUCGUGCCUAUUACGAUGUUCAACGCACGAGACCCGUGCAGCUGCUGUACGGUCUCGUCGAUUCGCCUGCUGGAUUGCUCGGCUGGCUAGGAAACAUCUAUGAUACCUUGUCGGAACGUCGUCCUGACCACCCACGGCUCAACAUGGAUGCAUGUCUGGAGAUUGCUACGCUGUUCUGGUUCACAAGGUCGAUCGGAACAUCGUUCAUUCCGUACACCAACAACAUCUUCUUGCCCGAGAUUCACGGUUCUGCCGAGUACAAGCUUCCUGUUCCUCUUGGAUACUCGGACUUCCCAGACGAGCUCGUCAACACGCCUAAGUUUGUGGUGGAUGCGACGACGACCAGUGGUAAGACGAGAUGGAUUGCCAAAGCUCCGGUGGGUGGUCACUUUGCUGCCCACGAGGAACCGACCAUCUUUGUUAGCCACCUGAGAAAUGCUUUUGCUAAAGGCGGAAAGGGAAAGUGGCCCGCAAGUGAUGAGGGGAUCAAGUCUUCGCACAUUGCUGGCGGGUUGUGGGAUGAGGUCAGGGAUCAGGAGGCGAGGGCAUCCAAGAUUUGA